AUGCCUUCCACCAAGCCAACAAACAGUCUUCUCUACAAGAACUUUCAAAAACACCCCGCGGCUCUGAUAGAUUCCACAGAUGGUAUUUUCCUCAACACAAGCGAUGGACGCAAAAUUCUCGACGCAACCAGCGGAGCAGCUGUUGCUUGUCUGGGCUACAACAACACGGCCGUUCAGCAAGCUGUCGUUGAGCAGUUGGUGAACGUCCCAUACUGUCAUCCUGGCUUCUACAAGACACAGGCCGCGGAGGAUCUAGCCGAUUUCCUCGUCGAGUCCACUGGUGGCCAAUUGUCCAAGGCGGUCCUUUGCGGUUCAGGCUCCGAAGCAGUCGAAGUAGCACUCAAGCUCGCCAAAACACACUUCUCCCACCUCGCGAUUCCCCAGACCGAACGAUGCCACUUCAUCACACGCGUGGGCGCUUGGCACGGAGCCACCCUCGGAGCGUUGACCCUGGGAGACUUCAAGGUCCGAAAAGAUCCCUUCGUGCAGAUGAUCUCGCAGAACGCAUCCCGAAUCUCAGCUUGUAGCGCAUACCGUGGCAUGAAGCAUGGCGAGAGUGAGAAUGCGUAUGUGCAGAGGCUUGCGCAAGAGCUUGAUGAUGAGUUCCAGAAGGUUGGGCCUGAGAAAGUCUGCGCUUUUGUCGCCGAGACUGUUGGCGGAAGUGCGAGUGGUUGUGCCAUGCCCAUCAAGGGAUAUCUCCCAGCUAUGAAAGCUGUUUGCGAAAAGUACAACGCCCUGCUCAUUCUCGACGAGGUCAUGUGCGGGAUGGGACGCACCGGAACACUCCACGCCUGGGAGCAGGAAGAUGUUGUUCCCGAUAUCCUCGUUGUCGGAAAGGGUCUCGGAGCUGGAUACGCUCCUGUUUCAGCCGUCAUGAUCAAUGCCAAACUCGUCGACUCUUUCCAGAAAUCCGGCAAGGGAUUUGCUCACGGACAGACAUACAUGGCCCAUCCCCAAGCAGCAGCCGCCGCUCUCAAGGUCCAACAGAUUAUCCGCGACGAGAACCUAGUAUCCCGCGUUCGCACCAUGGGAGAGUACCUCGGUUCACAACUGAAGGAGCGUCUUCUGCCUAUGCCCUAUGUCGGCGACAUCCGUGGCCGAGGCCUCUUCUGGGCCGUAGAGUUUGUCACCAACAAACAGACCAAGAUGCCCUUCCCGUACAGCCUCGGUCUCAACAGCAUGCUUCACUCGCGCGGUAUGAGCGCUGGCUACGAGAUUGCGCUCUUCAACGCCAACGGCGGUUACGACGGGUACAGCGGCGACCACUUCCUCAUCUGCCCACCUUUCAUUGUCACGAAAGAGGACAUCGAUGAUAUUGUUGAGCGAACUGCACGUGUCAUUGAGGAUACUUUUGCCGAGCUGAGUGGUUCUGCGGUGUGGGAGAAGGUCACGCUGCAGAUGGAGGCUGAGAUGGAGAUUGAAAACAAGCCCGAGGUUGCAGCCGUCCCUGCAGUCUCUGCUGCAGUUGUUGCUUGA